UAACACAAACGCGGGCAGAACAAAGGCCCCGUAUUUCCAGAACGCCACCCUUGCAUAAAAGUGCCCGUGCGGGUGCCUCUUGGGUUUAGUCCGUCAUGCCUCUGCCACGACGCCGCUCCUCUUUUCUGGGUCAGUCGGCGUCCUCGUCGUCGUCCGAGCGCCCCAGCUCCGCCUGCGUCCGGGUGGCACCUGGCGGGGGCUCGUGCCGCGGCGUCUUCGUGGGCACGGCGCCCCCGACAAGCGCGGCCGCCGCCCUGGGGACAAGGGUGUCACGCAGAGCCCUGGGGAUCAGCAGUAUAUUCCUGCAGGGGACUAGGAGCAGCGCUGCGCCCCUUGUGCCACGGGCGGGCGACAGGGCGGCUCAGGGCGCGGCGGGGGCCGGGACUGGCAGCGGCCUCAACAGUUGUUUGAUGGAAUACCGAGACAAAGUUCGAGCGCUGGAACAGCUCAACCAACAGCUGGAGGAGCAAAUUCGCUUGAGUUUGGACCGCAAGGCGUCCAGCGCCGGUGCAUGGGGGCCGCUCAGGGGGCAGUGGGAGGACGUCUACAGGCAGGUCAGCGAGGCCAUCCUGGACAACGCUCGUCUGACACUGCAGACGGAAAAUGUGCAAGCCAACGCCGAGGACUUCAAGGAAAGGUUCGAGAGCGAGCGUCCCUUCCGCAAGGCAGCGGAGGACGAGAUCGCGUCACUUUACAAAGUCUUGGAGGACGCCGGCGUGACCCGAGCGGAGCUAGAGGAGCAGAUGGACGCCAUGCGAGCUGAACUCCAACAACUGGAGCGACAGCACGAACAGGACGUGCGUCUCCUCUACAGUCAAAUGUCCGGACGGGAACUGGAUCAACCGGAUGCUCCUAUUGAAACCAGUCUGGACCAGAUCCUGGCUUACAUUCGGAACCACUGGGAGAAGGUGACGGAGAGGAACCGCGCAGAAACCGACAACUACCAGGAAUGCAAGGACGCCAAGUGCGUGAGCCGGCUGAGUCCAGAAGAAGAAGAACUAGAGGCGCUGAAGGUCCAGUGCUCGGAUGCCGGCUGCAAGAUACAAAGCCUGCAAGCUGAGACGGAAUCCAUCCGAGCUCUGAAACGAGGCCUAGAAAACUCGCUGGGCGACGCCCGGCAUUGGCACGACAUGGAGCUCCAGAACCUGGGCUCGGUGGUGUCUAAGAUGGAGGCGGAACUGGCAGACGUACGUGCCGAGAUGGAGCAGCAGCGCAGGGACUACGAUGCUCUCGUCGCUAACAAGCAGCGCCUGGAGCAGGAGAUCAGACUCUACCACGGGAUCCUGGACGGAGAGGAGCGACGGAUCCUUCCCGUAGAGUGUCCCGAUCCGCAGAGCAACCUCGACGAACAUUCCGGGACUCCGGCAGACGGUGGUCCCCCGGCGCCGUCUGGAACCAAAGACCCAGUGGACUCCAGUAAGCCAUGCGGUCAUUAAAGAGGAGCUGAGGAGUCAUGUGGUGUUGUGAAUGGCGAUUCCUGCUAAUGAAUGACACAAUAAAAAGUCUUUUGCUUUUCAACUGAUUCUGCUUUGAUAAACUGUACAAAAAAGAUUGACUUCAAUUUGCCUUCGUAACGCACGCUUUCAACACAUUUGAUGGGAAAAGUAUGCCGACAUCGACCGCAGAUGAUUUCGUGAUCAUAUAAUUGCCCAACCUUACAUCAAAUAUCAAGCAAUAGACUUAGCCACCAGAGGGCAAUGUUGCGCACUAUCAGUAUUGAAAUGAUUAGAAUUAAAAUUGAACAUGCAUUGUCUUUAAUGUAGUGUAAAAUAAACAAUUUCUUAAGGUCAAUUUCAAAAUAUGUCCUCAGUAUGCUUUUUAAGUGCAUUUACACAACUGAUUUAGUUAUUAAUGUGUUACUACCAAAGAAUAAAAAGUAUGAGAGGACAAAGCUAGUUUUGAUUUACAUUCGCAAGCUAGCUACUUAUGCUAGUUUAGCUUUAGUUUAUUCGUCCCACCCAGUAACAAUAGAUUGGACGUCUAACGUUGUCGAUAGUGGUGAAAGCUGAACAUCCACAGCCAGUUCUCCCAGACAGUAGCUAGCUAAGAUGUUCAGUCCUGGUCUAAAUUUUGUGCGGAAUGUGCAAUGAGUUGUUUUUACACUGUAACCUGAAACGUUAGUGUUCUGUUGAAAGAACAUUUAAUGGUAAAAUGUAUUCUAGUAAAUGUUCCUUAUGAAGAUAAUUUAACACACAAAACAAAUCAUUCCUUUUUACUUUUGAAAGAAAAUCCCAUUUAAAUAAGUGACAACCAAUCCCACAUGUAGGGAUGGUUGUCAGUCUCAAGAUGUCGCCAAAGACUGUAUUCUGUUCAAUGACAUGUUGGCGGAAAGAUAUCCAGGAAAGAGCAAUAA